AUGCUCUUCCUCAAGGCUCUUGGACUCCUCCCCUUCGUGGCUAUGGCACUUGCCGGCUCCUCAAAGUUUGCAGACACCUGCCAGAACGUUGAUGGCGAGGGCACAACUUUGCGCGCUGAGUGCCGUGUCUCACGCGAUGGCCAGCUGCGAACCAGCUCUAUUGACUUGAACCGCUGCCUCAAGAACGACAAGGGCAAGCUCAAGUGCGGAAAGAACGGUCACUACUCCGGUUCUUGCAUUAACUGCACCAUGCGUGGCCACGCCGAGUUCACCUGCCAAUGCCGCAAUGCUGAGCGUGAUCACAACUACGUGUCUACCACCAUCGAUUUGAACAAGUGUGUCGCUAACAACCACGGUGAGCUUGGCUGCUAA